AUGACCUUAGUGUGCACCAUCUUCGAGCCUGAGAAGAGGCCGGAGGACAAGAGCGGGGAGAAGGCAUGUGUGGUGUUCUGCCAUGGCAACGCUGGCUGCCGCUUGGACGGAUUUCUGCAGGUGCACUGCUUCCUGCCCUUGAACAUCGCGGUGUGCUGCUUCGACUUCGCCGGAUCAGCCAUGAGCGGCGGGGAGUACGUCUCCCUGGGCUACUUCGAGCGCGACGACCUCGCCUCGGUGGUCCAGCACCUCCGGGAGCGCAAGGGCUACACCAGGGUUGGGCUUUGGGGCCGGUCCAUGGGCGCGACCACCUCGGUCCUGCACGGCGCGCGGGAUCCCUCGUUGGCCGGCAUCGUUGCGGACAGCCCCUUCAGCGACCUCUGCAACCUCAUGGAAGAGAUCGUCAAGUCCAAGCUGAACCUGCCCAGCGUCAUUUGCGGCGCUGUGUUCGAGGGCAUUCGCAUGGCCAUCCAGAAGCAGGCCGGCUUCGACAUCCGUGAGGUGUCACCGCUGAAACACCUGGACAGCUGCUUCGUGCCGGUUUUCUUCAUGCACGGAGAUGAGGACGCCUUUGUGCAGCCUCACCACUCCGAGAUCUUGCGGAAAGGAUGGCAGGGAGAGGCGACUCGUGUCCUCAUGCCCGGCCUAGAGCACAACGACCACCGCGACGAGAAGUUCGUGGCGCGGGCCACGCUCUUCAUGGUCCGCGCUUUGCGCUGGGAGGCCUUCAUCGAUCCCAUGGCGCUGGAGGCCAUCACCAAAGGCCUGCUGCCCACCACGCCGAACCAACGCGCCGUGGAGAGCAAGAUGAACGGCUCAGCCACGCUGAAGGCUGAGGAGCACUUCGAACAGCUGGCGCUGUCAGCAGAGAUCCGCAAGAUGGUGGCGUCGCGGGAGGUGUCCCAGCGCCAGCUGGGCCUCGUCUUGGCGGCGGCGGAGCUCAGCGGUGCCUACCGUGGCGCGGAGAGCCUCUCACUGGGCGCUGCAGGCGGCUUGCGGAACAAGUUGCCGGCGUCCUUCGCAGGGAAGGUCUGCUUCGGUAGGGAUGACAUCGAGGUCGCCUUCGGAUGGGUGGGUGGCAUGGUGCCGCCCUUGGGGCAUCUCGUGCUCUUCGCAGUGCUGUCCUCCACGGCCCUCAGCAUCUCGCGCGUGGUGCUGAAGCCACUGAGAGGCGGCGGCUUCUCCUGCGUCUCGGGGGUUCAGCAGCUGCACAUGGAGGCGGUGGAAUUGCCGCUGAACCAGCCUUUGGAGUUCCAGCUCUUUAUGCCGGCGGGGCACUGUGCCCAGCUGGUGGUCAAUGGCCACGUGGCGGGUAGCUCGGAGAUGCCGCCGGGCGCGGAGCGCUUGGAGUGCCCGGGCUUCGUGGAGCCUUGCUGCUGGUGCUGGAGGCCCGGGAACAGCAAGCUGGAGGUGUCCCUCAGCAAAGCGGAUCUCGACCCGCCCUCCCCGAGGCAGUGGGGCCGGAAUCGCACGGCGACCAUGUCCUACGGACAGGCGCCCAAGGAGCAGUUGGCAGAGGAGCUGGCAUCUCUCUGCGUGGCGAGCGCCAGAGGUGCAGACGCAUUGCCGAGCCCCAAGCAUGCGACCAUCGUCUACUGCGAGGACGGCCCUGGGGGCGGCUAUGCGUGA